AAUUCAGAGUGGGGGUGUAUGUAUGUACGGUACGGUACAGUACAGUGCAGUACAAUGUAGUACAGUAUAGUACAGUAUACACGGUACAAUCACAAUCGCAAUCGCAGGCACUACAAUUGGGCGUACAUGAGUGCGUCCACGAGAGAUGCCGUCGCUUCGAGUUUCGAGUUUUUGCACGACAGCUGUGAGGCAGACAACAGUGCAGUCGCGCUCAAGUCAAACAUUCUACAAGACCAAUUCGAAACGUUCUACCGAUUGCCGAAAAUCCAGAAUAUUGCGAACUUUAUUUUGCUCGAUGGCACUCGUCUAACCUCUUCGACAGCAGGUUAUGGUUAUGGUGGGACAUGAUGAAAGGUGGCAUCACUGAGGAUGUGUUGGAAGCACGGACGGAGCCGUACUCAUUGAUAUGACGCCAUUUUACUAACCUUUUCGGCGCGGAUCGCGACGAACCACUCAAGGUGCUCCACUUCUUACCGUUUCAAGAGCGUACGAUUGUAUCGUUUAUCCUUUGCGAACCGCGUACGGUUAUACGUAAUUUCAAGCGAUUCGUUCAAGCCGGAGUUUACCGGAAGAAAAUACUGCUGUAACGAAGCAGUGCUAUUAUGGAAGAUGAGGAUGGUGAAAGUAAAGUUGUGGAUAUGUGGAAUAUUUUGGGAGAACAGCCACUUAAGGAUACUUCUCUUGGAAAUUCAUUGAAGUCUUCGAUCGAUAGCGCGUACAGUGACGUAAUAGAAGAAGAGAAAAAGCAAUUAUUACGAUACAAUUCGAUCGUGUCUAAAGAAUCGCCAGGAAAGAAUAACAGUACAGGAUCAAAAAUUGUGUUUAAAGGUUUUAAGAAGCGUAUUCUGGCGCAAGCUCAAGAAACUCAAACAAAUACGUCGAAAAGUGUAGUGCAGGAAUCACAUUUGACGCAUUCUAAUGCAUCGUCGAAGAGUAGCAAAGAAAAAAAGGCAGAAAUCAAGCGAGGAAAAAUAACAGAAUAUGCGCAAUAUUUAGGUCUGCAACCUUCGUUAAAGAACAAGUGUUUAAAGUGUCACUCGUCGUCAAAUUUGUGCUCUGUAUUAAAACAAAAUUUGUGCACUUGCAAUUCCACGAUGACACCAAUGCCCAGCACGUCGGAAUCAUCCACGGUGUCGCAUUCUCCCAACUUUAAAAUUACAAGGAAGGUUUAUUUAUGCGCGGCGUGCGGCACUUAUUUUGAAAAUUGGAAUUUAUUUUUACACAUGAGAGACAUACACAAACGUCAUAUAUGUUUGUUCUGUCUUGGAAUGUUCGGCCAAGCAGAAAGGCUGUCGUACCACUUAACUAAAAAUCAUAGCGUUCCAGAAAUGGCGUUUACAUCGGUCGAAGAUUUUUACGGUGCUUUUAAAGGGUCAUGUUAUUUAGUUUGUUGUACUUGUGAAAAGGUUUUCUCAGAAACGGAUAAUUUUUACAAUCACUUUUGUUCACCGGCAUCGAAACAAGAUGUUACCGCAUCGAUAUGUACAUUGUGUAGGCAGACAGGUUCGCACGCGAGUACAUGCAGUUUAGCAGCGGAUACGAGCAAAGAAGUAAAUUCUGCUGUGUCACCUCUUACGCAAACAGGUGUCGUACCGACGCAUAUACUUGACAGGACUGUGAAUACCGGAAAUAAAUUAGUUAUGAGAAAAUCGAUAAAAAAUAAUAGGUCUAAACAUAUAGAAGACGGUGUGGUUAUUCAUCAAAAAGUGCAUACGUACAUAAGAAAGACUAAUAAUAAAACUGGGUCUCAAUUAAAUGAAAGUCCACCUUUUAGUGAUAUUACGAAUAGUGGUGAAAAUUCACAAAAUGAAGUUCACAAUGUAAUUAAAGAUACUGUUUCAGAGACCAUAAUGGAAGUCUCGAAAUUUGUCGAAGAUUCGUACGAAGAUAAGGAAGAAGAGACGUGUAAAAGAGAGGUUCCUGAAAAUGAUAUCGAAAUAAACUCGUCGACCAAUGUAACCAGCCAUAAUAAGCCAUACGAUAGCGUAAUAGAAACAAUUAUGGAAGUAUCGCGUUGUACGGAUAGCGUACAAGACUCGAGAUUAUCUCCGAGAAAAGAAGAUAGAAACGACUUAAACGAUACGCUAGAUACGUCCGAUAAGGUAGAAUCGGAUUCCGACGAAACUGACAAACACGAUACAGAAAUUUCGAAUAGAACAAUCGAAAGUAAUAGUAGAACGAACGAGUUUGAUACGGAUUACCGAGAAGUAGACAAAUCUGUAAACGAAGACAAAACGAUAGAGGCUGCGAUAGAAAGAAAAAUUGAUUCGGAUUCGCAAACACCGGAAAGUUCUGUUCACAGUCCUGUUAACCGGUCGCUGUUUAGUCCGCAACACGAAUUGCACGCAUCGGAUUCGCAAGCUAAAGAAGACGAUAGUAAAAACGAAGCUAAUGGAAACGUUGAAAAACCCAUCGAAUCUCAAACUUCGGUCUCGUUCAAUGCUGUCCCUUCCUCCGAUAGAAGUUUAGUUAUAAAAAUCUGUACCAACCGAAAUUCUCAGUUUUCUGUUGCAAGUAACAACGACGACGCGGAGAAUCACGAUACUAGCAAAGAAUCGGAGGAAAACAAUAAUGCCGAGAGCCCGUUAACGGAAGAUAAAACAUCGAAUGCUCCCGAAACAGAAAGAGAGAAUAAUAACAGUGAUCGGGUGAACGACGGCGACAGUGAUUCCGAUAGCUUAAAGUUAGCGGUGGUGGACCGUGAUCCCGACGAGAUCGAAGAAGCCGAAGAAACGGACGAAGUAAAUAUGUCGGAAGUUAAAAGUAAUUCGAAUAUGGACGUAGAGGAAAAUGGAAAGCAAACGAACGAAGUUACCGAUGAGACGAUAGCCGAGCUGGAUACAACGGAGGCACACGAGGUUGCUAAAGAGAUUAACGAUACGAGUAAUAGCGAGGUAAAUAACGACGUGGAAACUCAAGUACAGCCGAGCGAUGGAAUUAUGCUGGCUGGAGAGGAUGUUCCUUUCAUCGAUCUGAACGUCGACGGAAUACUGGACAGCAUAGAGAUAGAGAACCUUUUGAAACAGUGCAUAGAAGCAGCUAGUCCUAUUUGCGUGUAUUGCAAUCACGCGCGCCACAUAGCGGUGAACGGUAAACAGUUAGGGUUACACAUGCUCGCCGAACACAAGUUUCAUCCUCAGCAUCCCGCUAUAAUAAUCCAACCGGAUCAAUUUAUCGUUCGAGUGAAAAAGUCCCUGGACGAAUUAGAUUUCCACUUCUUUAAUCUAGAUUCUUACAGUAGCAUCACCGGUACCUAUAACGUUCCAGACGUACGAACGUACGAGUGCUUUCACUGUAGAUUUCAUUCCGCCGUACACAAGGAGCUCUACUUGCAUAAUCGAAAAAUGCAUCAAAAAACAAUCUUAAUUUGUAUAAUGUGUAAAUCAACUUUCUACAGUUACAGCGAAUUACUUUGUCACUUAUGCCCCGGCACGUAUUCGCCGAAUAUCAAUGUAAAGUAUAGAUGUUGUCUAUGUCCUAUGGGAAGCCUACCAUCCGCGUUCAGACUCAUGGUGCAUCUACGAAAAAAACAUCACGCGUGCGACGUCUGUUUGGAAUCUACCGGGAAUCAACAGCGUCUCUCGAAUCACGUUUGGAAGCACAAGUUACACCAUUUAUGUUAUAGAUGUGGGAUCGCGUACAGGAACAAACCGGACAUUACGAAACAUUUAUUUUGGAAGCAUGGAACGGAGAGUGUGCUGUGUAAGAAAUGUUUACAGAAGAAAUGGCCACAUAUUUAUCACUUCUGCAUACCACCGACUGCUUUCGUCUGCGAGGAAUGUGGAUCGAGCUUUUCCAGAGCCGUUGGCUUGAAGGUACACAAAAGGCUACACUCCGGAGACCGGCCGUAUACUUGCAACGAAUGUCCCGAGCGUUUUAUUUCACGAAAAUUAUUGACCAAGCACGAAGAUGCUCACAAAGAGCCACCGUGUAGCACAAAUUCGACGGAUUCGCUGAAUCAACGAUUGGCAAACGACGAAGAGAAAUCGGACAAGGAGAAAAUUGUUACGGCCGAGAGUAUCGAUACCGUAUCCGACUCUGCGAAGGAGCCGAAGGAACCGGUGAAGAAGGUCGUCGACGUGUACGAUCUACCGCCUUUGAAUCUUUCCUCCGAGAGCGACACGGACACUGAAGAUGAGAAGGUAGAAAUUAAAGAACCCAAAGAGACUGAAACCGCUAAACCGAUAGAAGAAACUGCAGCUUCUCCCGUAGAACCGAAAUCCGCCGCUUCUCCCGUGCCAGCCGCGGACAGUAUAGUGGAGGUUGAGCAGAACGACGAAGAGAAGGAACAGGGUGCGCAAAUAAUGGACGGGAUUUGGGACAAUUUCAAAACGUACACGGCAAGUUUGCAGAUGAAAGAGCCGGGUAGUGGCGAUCUUCCGGUAAAAGAACAGGAACCGGAGACCGAUAUGGAAUACUUGAGGAGUAUAAUAUUGGCCGACCACGAUUACUGCGUGGUGUGGUCGAACAAAGAUAAAGAAGCAGAAGGAGGAGGAGUAGGAGGAGGAGGAGGAGGAGGAGGAGGAGAAGAAGAAGAAGGAGAAGCAGGGUCUAAAGUAGAGGAGAAGAAAGAGGCGAACUCGAGCGGGGACCAAGAAUCGACGUGCAAAGUAGAGAAGAGCCCGUCCGGCAGCAACGUUGCGCAAAGCGUCGCCGAGACCGAGACCGAGACCGACGCGAACAGAAAGAAGGCGAAGAGUCCAAAGAAGAAGAAGCAGAGCGGCAGCACGUCGUCGAGCGACUCUUCGAGCGACAGCGACUCCAGUAGUUGUUCCUGCGGGACCAACUGCAGCUGCAGCAGUUCCACGUCCGGUAGCUCGUCCAGCUCCAGCAGUAGUUCCGACUCGGACAGUUCGACUUCGGACGGUUCUCCGAAGAAGCAGUCGAGUCGCAAGGAACGAAAGAAGGAGAAGGAAGCUGUACAAGAAUCGGAAUCGGCGAACGUCGACGCGGAGAACAAAGCAACCGCGGAGGCGGAGAACGGGGAAGCUGCGAUCUCGGUGGAUCCGGUUUGCCCCCCGCCUCAGCUGUUGCUGAGGGAGUCCGACCUGGAGACGGACGAGACGGAGACGGACGAGGACUUUUACGACGAGCAUCCGCAACAGCUGGCGAACAAGCUGCUCGCCGAGAAGCGGAAUCAGUUGCUGCUCCUGGCAGCCGUUGCACCGGCGUCCACGGAGUCCGCGAUCCCGUUGAACAACGGUUUGGCGGACGCGGACGCGGACGCCGCGAUACCUUCCCCGGACCCCGUCCCGGGCACCGCGGAGGACCAUCCCCAGCAGAAGAGGAAGGUCAAGACGAAGAAACGGAAAAAAGGGGAGAGAGCGAAGCAGCGCAACGCGGCGGCGGCGCCGGCCGUGGAGUCCAUAAAAUUGAACAUUCCUAAAGCGUUUUACCAAAAGAACCCGGGCUUCUCGGCCUCGUCGCCGGCGACGAUGCAGCAGGGCGUGGCGUCGUCGGUGCCGAGCAUAAUCGCGAACGACGCGCACCCCAUGAGCGCGAUCGUCGAGCCUCGAACGGUAGGAGGCGGUGGGAGGCCGGGUCAGAACGUGAGCGGUAGCGGUUCCGAAACGGAGAACAAACGCUCGUCGAAGCGGAAGAGGGUACCGAAGCGGUUCUACGGCGACUCCAGCGACGAGGAGGUGGAGAAGCAACCGACGAUGAAAUGGAGGAAGGUGGAGACGGCCUCGUUCGCGCCGGUGCCGAGUCUGAAACCGCUGCCACCACCGAGACUGUCCUUCGGCGGGAAGACCGUGGCGUACAGGCCGGCGGAGAGCCAGCAGGAGAGCCCGAGGAUCGCCACGGCCUCGGCGACCGAGUCCGAGGAGCCGGCGGAAAGUAGCAGCGACUCCAGCGACACGGAGAUCGAGGCUAGCCAGCAGCUGCAAACGCAUCUGCCGGAGAGCAACCCGCCGAUCCCGGAACGGCCGGUCAAUCUCUACUGUUACUGUCAGUGCCCGUACGACGAGGUCUCGGAGAUGAUCGCCUGCGACGGCGAGGACUGUCGCAUCGAGUGGUUUCACUUCGAGUGCGUCGGCAUCAUGGUACCGCCCAAGGGCAAGUGGUAUUGUCCGGACUGUAGAAAGAAACACGGUAUCGUGCAAAACGAGGACUACUUCGACUGAUAGCAGCGGGUGGUGUCUGCGUGUUGAAAUUGCUUUUUAGGCAUACUCGAUGAUCGCGACCGCUCAACCGUCCCUCCUCCGUCUCUUCUCGCGGAGAUCGCGCUCUCGUCUCCCGGCGAUUUCGGAAAAUGAACUUUCGUUGCUUAGAGUGUUCUUCCAAGUUGAAACAGUCCUGAGUGCAAUGUUUUUUAAAGCCUUGACACGUACCGCGAUUCGACGCACGUUCCACGUGCUGUGCACCGUAUGCAACGUGUGUACGAACGAUUGGGCGACGACUCGAAGAAGAAUACGCGUAGAAAUUUUGGCAAGUUGCGCGAACGUGAUCGUAACGUUGCAUCGGGUUGGGCAGAAUGUAAUUGAUUUCGAAAUGCUCUAUAAUAUAUCGUUAAUAUAAUAUCAAUUGAAAAAUUCCUCCUUGAAACGUGCGAAUCUUCUUAACGUUAGCUGUAAUCGGAUAUAGCGUCGAACUUUGGAAAAUUUCAGAUUUCGCAACGGCUACGUAUAUAUUAUCUGUUUUGAAAUUGUUCAAUAUCUUGGAACGUUCGAAACACGCUUGAAGUUUUAGAAUAAAUCCAAAUAUUUCUUCGGAGAUUUCAGAAAUUCUCAUUGUUUCGAUACUAUUCUAGAUUAUUCGAAACUAUUCUAACGUUUCAACUUUUCUGAACGACGUUUAACGACACUUUGACACUUUUCUCAGGCGUUUCUCGCGCAACGAACAACACUCUAUUGAAAUUGUAGCAUCGAGCACAAACUGCCAGGCAGGUCGAAUCGAAUCGAAUCGAAUCGAAUCGAAUCGAAUCGAAUCGAAUCGAGAGGGGAAAUUGAGCGGUCGCCAUUCAUUCUGAACAUUUUCCUUUUCUUCUUCUUGGUAAACAAACGAAUCGUACAUUGUUCCACGUUGAUAUUUUUCUUAAGCUGACUAUAACGGUAAAAAAAAAAAGAGAGAAGAGGUAAUACGAGAAAUGUUUGUACAUAACUGUAAAUACGCCUUAGUGUUUAAAAAGAAGCAGCGAAGUAAGGUUUUUUGUGUA